UUUCGAUUUUUGAGCAGCUGAUUAAAUAUCGAUAAUUCAUAUCGAAAUUAGAUGAAGCAACGUUUUCUGCGCGCAGAAUUCAAUUCUCGUCGAAAUGGACAUCAAAGAGCUGCACUGGCUGCAGCAAGUUGUGCCCUUAGCUUACAGAGCACUGGAAGUACUCGCAAAAUGGCCAAAAAAGCGCCCCUGGCCAUCACCUUUGACAGAGCAAGGAGAGGAGACGAAGUCGCCGCCGAGCAAAAGGAGGCGAACUGUGGUCCACGCUGAGCGCAGCAGCAAUCGCAAAAUUUGGGUAAAACAGGAGAAUCUGAGUCGCGAUAUUGAUGGCCUGUUUGCCACCACCUUCCACACUGCACACAACCAGGAUGAAUUUCGUCUGCGCACAGGCAUGACUCUGCAGGUGUUUGAUAUGCUCUUCAGUUUGGUGGGCGAGCAAUUGAACAAGAACUCCAUACGCAGACCCAUACCGCCGGAGUGCAGGCUCUUCCUAACGCUGGUCUAUUUAUCCAAUGCAGAGCGUGUGCUGGAUUUGUCAAAGGCCUUCAAAAUGGGCAGCUCCACAGUGCGUUGCAUUGUGCAAGAAACAAGCGAAGUGCUGUGGAACACGCUGGCACCAGCUUUUCUACCCCAACCAAAUGUGGAGGAUUGGAGUAACAUUGUUGCGGGCUACCAGGCGACAUGGCAAGUGCCACAUUGUCUGGGCGCAGUGGAUGCCAAGCUACUGGACAUCUCCUACAAAAGCGAAAAUGAUAUGAUACUGUUGGCCAGCUGCGAUGCGAAUCUGAACUUUACGUGCCUUGACAUUGCCACAGUGACCGAUGCUGUCAACAAUCAGCUCCACUGGCAUCAGGAUUUCGGCGCGGCGUUACUGAGCCAGCAAUUGGGCGACCUGUUGCCCGCAGAGCCAUUGCCGGAGGCUGAACAAAAAACCAACUUUAUAUACACAUUCAUAGCUGGCGCGUCGUUUCCCAUGCUCGAGCAUCUGGUUACGCCUUAUGUAACGCAGCGGUUGGACCAAGAUCAGCUACAUUUCAAUCAGCAUUUGUCGCGUGCUCUAGCUGGUAGCAUCGAUAAGGCUUUCAGUGUUCUAAUGUCACGUUGGCGUGUCCUUUCCCUACCCCUGCGUCAGAGUCCAACCAAUGCCGAGAAGAUCAUUCGAGCUGCUGUUGUGCUGCAUAAUUUUGUAAAACUGCAUGAUGAGACCUACUGUCCAGCCAGUUUUCUGGAGGAGGUGCCAAUAUGCCCUGCCAAGCACAAGGUACCCAAUGAAUGGCUUUGCAGCCUGCCACAGCCGCCAGUCAAAUGUAAUGCAACAAUUCAAUUGCGCGAAAGCAUGAAGAAGAUUGCAGGCUGUAAGCUGGAAUCAAAAAUAGUUGAGGCGCUCGUUGACUGUGUGGAAUGGACAGCGCAGUAGAGGAUACUACAACUGGAAAUUUAAGUUGCUGGAUUGGUGCUUUCACAUAUGGACAUUCGCAGAAAAAAUUCCAGUUCCUAAAGAGUUUUACCCAAAUCUCUGCCUGCGCGUAGUUUGUCGCUCCGUGUUCCAAGUUUAUAGGCAAAUUUGGAAACAUGAUUUUAGCCAAAAGCUUUUUGAGAGCUUGAUUAGGAACUAUACAGCUUGAUAUCUUUACCAAAGUAGAUCUAUAAUCUUAUCAAAAAAAAACGUGAAUCACUUAACUCACACUUGACGCCACGUUACACAUAAACUGCAAGCGUCUUUAUUGAAGGGGACAAUUUAUUGACAUUUAUUGUAGCAAGAAAUACAUUGAUAAUAAGAAAUCA